AAAGCCUGUUAAACCUUCAUUUCCUGAGGACCUGAACUCUCUCGCCUUUCUCUUUCUCCGUCUGCGAGUGCGUGUGUUAAACCCUAAACCAUGCAAUUCCUUCACAAACUCACUUCCAAAACCCCCAACUCAUCCUCUCUCUGCUACAUUACUUCUCGCUUCCUCACCACUCGUAACCCCAACCCUAACCGAAAUCAUAAUCCGGACGAACCGAGCUCCGCCUACUACGACGAACUCAUCAACGCCGCCGGAUGCAGCAAAGACUUCGUCGCCGUCCACCGCCUCCUCAGCAAGCGAUUCAGGGACGGUUUCUUCAACACCACCAACACAUUCAAGUUCAUCUCCACCGACCUCUCCGUUCUAGAUGACCUCUCUCACGCCCUAUCUACUCUCGACAGAGGCUUCUCUCGGAAGAGCGCGUACGACUCACUCAUCGCGUGUCUCUGCAAGAUUCACCGCAGCGACGAGGCCCGGCGCGUGAUGGAGACUGUGGUGCGGGAGCGUUACGGUGCGAACGCGACCACGUUUCAUCCCAUACUCAACGCGCUCACGAAGAAGAAGAACAUGGAGGAUGCGUGGCGAUUGAUGGAGUUUAUGAAAGAGAAUGGGAUUUCGCCUGAUCUGACGGCGUACAAUUCCCUGCUAACCGCGUACUGCUUCGUCGGAGAUCUGACGUCUGCAGCCGGGGUUUUGACGAAGAUGGAGGUGGAGGAGGGGAUGGAGGCGGACUCGAGGACGUACGACGCGCUGGUUCUGGGUGCGUGCCGGGCAGGGAGGGUGGAGGGGGCUCUGGUGGUGCUGCGGAGGAUGGAGGAUGAUGGAUUGCCACCGAUGUACUCCACCCAUGCGCACGUUAUCAAUGCGCUGUUGAAAUUGGGUUAUUAUGCGCAGGCGAUUGAAUUUGUGAUGAUCUAUGGAGGAAGAGAUAAGGGGUUGGACACGGAGAGUUUUGGGCUUCUUGCAUACCGUCUGAUGAAUUUGAAAAGGUUUGACGAAGCUAAGCUUGUUCUGGAGGAGAUGAAAGGAAGAGGAUUGGCCAUGGGUGAUAGAUUGAAGGACUUUUACUCACUACGUAUUAGUGAAGAGUAAAUGCCUAGUCGUACCAGUCCAGGUUUCGGCUUCGGUCAUUAUCAGAGUCGGAGGCCGAGCUCAAAGUGGUUCUAAUGAGAGACAAUGGGUUGUUUUGUGAUGUUGUGAGGAAGCAGAGGAUGACUUGUGGGGAUUUCGUGGAGGAGUCUGUCUAUAGGAAUUUUGGACGGUUCGGGGGAUUUAGGAGAGGAUUGAGAGUUUGAAGCAGCAGUAGAUGAUGGAACUAGAGAAGCAAAGGAUGGAGUUGACCGAGGGUAUUGGUUUCCAGAGGAUGAAUUUGAUUAUGGAAGCUGAACUCUAGGGCAAUGCAGCCAACAAAAUAUCCGCUAGGUGCAGUCUUGCAAGUUUUUACAGAAAUUUGCAUACCUUCCACAGGGAAGAAGUUAUAGCUCAGAAAGGAAAGGAGAAUUUGUAAUUACUCUGGGAUGGAUUUCAACUCCAAAUGAAUCUCCACAUCCACAUCCACAUCCACAUCCUCCCUAUGAUAUCUGCGAAACAAAGCUUGAAGUAUUUCAAGGAAAUGGCGAUAUUAUAUCCACGGUUGUCUGAUGUGCACAGUAUGUAAUUUUCCACUGACUUCCAGUAUGUUUUUGAAGUGUAAUACUUAUUAAUUAGUCUCUUUCCCAUUUUACGCAUUUAAAUAUUGUAUUUUUCCAUGUUUAGCCAAUAAACUAUUUAUCAUAAAAGAUUAAUAUUACGGAUUGAACCUGCGAUGGUUUCUACAUACCUGUGUAUAAUGGGAAGGCAGAUUUUUUUAUUUCUCUAAGCCAGGCACAAAGAAGUAUGGUCUUUUGAUUGUAAAAGUAUCAAUCUCAACUAUUAUAUAUUUGGAAUGUGAGUAUUAUGAUUUUGCAGAGAAA